CGGGAGAUCAGAUGAGAUAAGCAUUCGCGUAACGAGAGAGAGAAGUUUUUCGUUCUUCAUUUUUCGUUCACAUUCCCACAUUGGUCGAUGCGAGCCUCAAACACUAACCUCUGGCGACGAGGUUAGUGUUUGACUGACAAGUGCUGAUGAGCUUCAAACGGGAGAAGGAAGAGGCCGCAUUGAGGAAGGAGCGCGAGGAGGAAGCGACCUGAUUCUUCCUACCUUCCCGACUCUUCUAAUCAGACGUAUUGGGGAAGGGUUAGGAGCAUAAGGAACACUGUCAACACCACCAAGCUCAUCCUGCCGCUGAAGUCAUUCAUGUGCCCUCUGACGAAGGAGCCAAUGGUGGAUCCGGUCAGUCUAGUAACAGGCUCAUGCUUCGAGCGGGCAUCGAUAACAGCGUGGUUCGCAGAAGGAAACACGAUCGAUAUGAGAACCAAACUCAUAUCGAAAUGGGGCGUGGAGAAAGGUUAUUUUUGGGCUAUUGCUGGGUUGGCUGCCGACGGCAGGCAAAUUGUUACUUGUGCAAGAGCAGAAGCUGGAAAUUACUUGGGCUUUUACGGUGAAGAAAUCCCCACCAAAGAGCUUUGCGACAGAGUCGCUUACUACGUGCAUCUAUGCACCCUUUACUGGUGGCUCCGGCCAUAUGGUUCGGCCGCCAUACUAGGUGGUUAUGAUCGGGAUGGUCCUCAGUUGUACAUGAUUGAGACCUCAGGUGUUGCUUAUCGGUACUUUGGUGCUGCAGUAGGAAAAGGGAGUGCCAAAACAGAGAUUGAAAAGCUAAAGUUGUCCCAAAUGACAUGUCGAGAGGGUGUCAUUGCUGUUGCAAAGAUUAUUUACAAUGUACACGAUGAAGCUAAGGACAAAGCUUUUGAGCUAGAAAUGAGCUGGAUCUGCGAUGAAUCAAAGCGUGAGCACCAACGGGUCCCUGCUGAUCUUCUUGCGGAAGCCAAAUGGGGAAUGUGGGUGGUGUUGAGAAGAAGAAUAUUUCGCGGCUCCUGAUUCAGAUCAGAGGGAAAUAUGGUCCUGACGACCAGUGGAUAGCUAAUUACGUCUGGGGUCUGCACUCUGAUUCGAAAUAAGAUGGUGGCAUCCAAUUGAGUUGCCAUCACUGCCCUCCUCUGUGGAGUUGUCCAGCACAAGAUGUAACUGUAUCAGAGGCCACGUUCUCAUUAUUAAUGCAUUUUGUAUAGCAAACUAGGAAUUAAAUUUUCCUCAUAGAGUGAAUAUGUAAUUCGUAAUUCUUAAUAUGUAAUGAACUUAAUUCUGGUGUUCAUUUCGGGUCUGUAUGAUUGGGUCGUUUUUCUCCUCCCUAAUUUUUCUACUUUGCCGGAUACCGAGUCGAGAUAGGAGGUGCCACAGC